GUGGCCAGGGUGGCCGCGAGUGUGUGUGUUGGGGGGGCAGGGGGUGACGCUUCCGUGGUGACUCGGCCCCGCGGGUCGUCCAGCGCGGUGCGAGAUAGUGGCGUGGGCCCCGCUCCCGGCCCCGGACGUUGGAAGGGUGUCACAUCCGGCGGGAGGGGGCGGGCCUCCGGGCCCCGGAAGUGUGGGCACGGGUCGUGGUUUAACCCGCGGCGGCUGUGGCAGUGGCGGCGGUGGCGGCGGCCGGGGCAGGCAUGUGAGAUCGAUUUAGACAAGAUACCGUGUGAUGGAAAGAAGCUGAGACCGAGAAAUGCAGGACCAGUGGCAGGGACUGCGUUCCUCUCCUGCCUGUGUGUGCACUGCACAGGCCCUGGGGCCACACCUGCCAGCCUGUCCCCUUGCUGCUCCAGCCUCGUCCACCCUGUACUCCGUGCUUGGUGGCAAAAGGGAAGAUGGAGACACUGAAAGACAAGAGCUUGGAGGAGCUGGAGGAGAUGCAGAACGACCUGGAGGCCAUUGACCGGCUGGCCCUGGAGUCCCCUGAGGUCCAGGACCUGCAGCUGGAACGAGAGAUGGCGCUGGCCACCAACCGCAGCCUGGCCGAGCGGAACCUGGAGUUCCAAGGUCCCCUGGAGAUCAGCCGCUCAAACCUCUCGGACAAGUACCAGGAGCUCCGGAAGCUCGUGGAGCGGUGCCAGGAGCAGAAGGCGAAGCUGGAGAAAUUUUCUUCAGCACUGAAGCCAGAGACCUUGUUAGACCUUCUGCAGAUCGAAGGCAUGAAGAUCGAAGAAGAGUCUGAGGCCAUGGCAGAGAAGUUCCUGGAGGGCGAGGUGCCCUUGGAAACGUUCCUGGAGGACUUUUCUUCCAUGAGGAUGCUAUCCCACCUGCGCAGGGUGCGCGUUGAGAAGCUGCAAGAUGUGAUGAGGAAGCCUGGGGUUUCCCAGGAGCCAGCCGGGGACGCCCCUCCUCCUCGCCCUCCGCCCCCGCCCCCGCCGCGCCCCGCCCCCUCGGCCACACCCCCUGUGGCAGAAGAGCAGCCACCAUCCGCAGUGCCUCCCUAUCCUUUGCCCUAUAGCCCAUCCCCCGGCAUGCCUGCGGGCCCCACGGCCCAGGGCGCGCUCCAGCCAGCCCCCUUCCCCAUCGUGUCCCAGCCCUCCUUUUCCUACGGUGGGCCUUUGGGCCCCCCUUACCCGUCAGCCCAGCCGGGACCCAGGGCUGCCACAGGCUACUCCUGGUCCCCGCAAAGGAGCACCCCGCCCCGGCCAGGCUACCCCGUGGGCCCCACUGGUGCCUCUGGCCCCGGGUACCCCUUGGCGGGGAGCCGGGCCCCCAGUCCUGGCUAUCCUCAACAGGCCCCCUACGUCUCGCCUGGAGGAAAACCUCCUUACCCAACACAGCCCCAGCUCUCGAUCUUCCCUGGCCAGCCCCAGCCCUCAGGUGCACCCCAGCCGCCCUACCCCCCUGGGCCGGCCCCCCCUUAUGGGUUUCCCCCACCUCAGGGGCCCUCCUGGCCCGGGUAUUAGACCCAGUCCCGGCCCUCGGCCCUUCCCUACUUCCACCGGCACCGCAACCUUGGGCCGCCCACCACUGAGAUUCGAGGUUAAAUUGGAAGUGGACUUGGGCUCUCCUCAUGGACUUGUGUCAGCACAUGGGAGCCUUGGGGGGGACCCGGUCAGGAGCGUGCAGGCCUGGAAAGGCACCGGGCAGCGUGAUUGGCUUGGCCACACCAGCCCAGCCGGUCACAGCACUCAGUGGCCUCCUGGGGGAAGGGAGCGCCUCCUUUCAGUGACUGGCUUCAGCGUUUCCGGUGCUCGCCAGGCAGGGAGCUUGGUGCUGCCACCCCUGCAGGUGUCUGUGUGAGUGAGCAGGUGCGUGUGCUUACGGAGGACGUGCACUUGUGCUCACCUUCACGGACGUUGGAACCAAAUGCAAUUAUCUUAGUGAUGUCUUAGGGGGUCUCUGGCCCCCGCUCCCUCCCUCCCUCCCUCGCUCCUGGGAUCUGGCACUUUCACCCUUGUGCCCACAGCGAGGGGUGCAACUCUACGUCUGUUUGGUCCAUUCAGCGAUGGCCUGGAGCUAGAGUUGGAUCAGGGGGAGGGAACAGUGAGGAAAACACUGAUUUUAAAUCACAUAAAGCCAUAAUUGAACUCUGAUAGGCUGAUGUCAGAUAAGCUUGUCCUGUGUGCUGGUAUGAACGAUGCAGAGUCAGAGCAGCGAGAAAGCCGGGGACUGAAGGUGCGCCCCAGAAUCUGAGGCAGCCUUGGCGGAGGGGAAGGGGGAGAUUGGGGGUGCCAUGGACUCCUUUGGGAAUGGAGCGGCCACCCUCUCUUCUCUGGGGCCCUCCACUUCCGGUUGACUGGCGAGCCCACCCCAUCCCUCCACUCCUUUAGUGCCUUGAAGCCCCUCCCUAGCAACCCCCUCCCUCCGUCUGCUGCCUCUGGCUCCCUGGUCACUCCCCAGCCCAGCAUCCCCCCCAAAACACAUGUCAGAGGACGCCCUGACCACAACUUCCCCAGUGGUGCUUUCUCGGCCACCGUCACUAUGUCAGAGUAUGUUCCUUUGCUCCCCUCUCAUCUUCAGAAUGUAAAGGGCAGGGAUUGUGACUCGGGGUCACCUGCAGCCUCCAGCCCCCUGGGGAUGUCAGGCGUGUUCAGUGAUAACAGAGACAGUAGACCACAGGGGUGUGGUGACCGGAGCUGUUACCUUGCUUGUUGCAGAUGUGAUACGGGUCUCAACGGCAGACCCCGGAGCUGCUAUCAGCUAGGAGGUCAUAUGUGCCUUGAAAUGUCCACUACUUGAGUACCCAGCAUCUGGUGGGCCUGGGGUGCUGGGGGCCAACGAGGAAACUCGACCUUCCGGUGCCUGCCCCCCUCCCCCGCCCACGCACCACUGGUGGGUGUUCGCGAUGGGAGGCGCCCCGGGCGCCGCUGGGUCCUUGCCAGUUGUGCUUGCUUCUCGUAAGUUAUUCACCAAGGGAAAUCACUAAUGGACUCUAUGGUUCGAGUGCUUCUGAACUGGAUGACCGAUCGCCGGUGUGUCUGUGUCAGUAAUUGCCAUAAUAAACUUGGAUGGGUUACAAGUA